AUGCAGCGGAAGUUGGUGAUGUUCAUUCGGAGGUGCAGAAUCAGAGACUGUGUUUGCGGGUCUCUGCUGGGCUCGUGAUGGGGAAAUAUUUCUUCAGCGAGACGGAGAUUAAGAACCCAUGGGAGCUUGUGUUGACGGCGUUCUGGCAGAGAUACCCAAACCCAUACAGCUCUCAUGUCUUGACGGAGGACGUGUUGUUUCGUGAGGUGACGUCAGAAAACCUCCUGGUGUCUCGAAGACUCUUCACUAAAACCAAUCGUCUCCCUCGCUGGGCCGAGCGGAUCUUCCCUGGCAGACGCUCUGUUUAUAUCAUCGAGGACUCAGUGGUCGACCUCUCCAACCGGAGCCUCACCACCAUGACCUGGAACGUAAAUCACAGCAAAUUAAUGCGUGUGGUGGAGCGGUGUGUGUUUACCGGUGAGCAGGACAGACCGGUGUGGACACACAUCACCAGACAAGCCUGGAUCUCAUCCGGAGUCUUCGGCCUCUCCAGACCCAUACAGGAGUUUGGUUUGGCCAGAUUCAGGAGUAAUCAGCUGAAAGCCAUGAAGGGUUUGGAGCACGCCAUAUCAAAUCUGCAGAAAGUAUCGUCCUCCUGUCAUGGAGAAUCUGCGGAGAAACCCAAAAAUGUGAAUUCAGCAGCAAAAAACACCCAGAAACCUCAGCAAUACAUAUGAAUCAGGACCAGACACAACCUGUGGAUCUUUCUGGGUAUUUCUGCGCAUACUUUUAUAUAUAAAAAGAGCUUAAUUUGCGCAGAAUUAAUUAAAAUAAAACACAUAACAUGACGAAACAUUUCCAGGAAAAAAUAAAACACAUUAAAUACAUAAAUAACUUGACUUUUAGGGAAUGUUUACAGUCCAAAUCCACUUAGAAGCAGUUGUUUGGUAAAUGCAUCGCUAUUUUAAAAUGUACUGUAAAUUAUAUCGAGGAAGAGCAUAAGAUUUAGUGAUAAAAUGAAAUACUCACUGGGAGAAAUCCUGUGAAGUGAUGUUGUAUCUUGGCUGCUAAUAGUAAAGCUCAGGUAAAUCUGAAGAGAAGGAGAGUGUUUACACCACAGACAUGAGCUAAAUAAACUAUUUUCUUUGCACUUUUGAACAAUUUUGCGUAUAGAAAACACACAGCUCACUCAGAUUCAUCAGAAAUGUUGCUGAAAAUGUUAUUUUGGCUGA